GGGUGGACCUGGCUUCUCGGCUGGUUUUGAGGUACGGAGCGCAGGAGGCUGUGAAAAUGGUGUGCAAGGUGCUGCAGGUCAUGAACCUGUUAGAACUCGUGGACCAGCUCAGCCACAUCUGUCUAAAUGGCACCGAGAAUACAGCAGAGAACAGAACAAACCUCAGAGGGGGGAGUGAGAUAACAAGCAUCUCCUUUACAGCGAAUUUCCGGAUCUCUUUGAGUGCCCGAGGGGCACACUUCUUGAAACUCACUCCAUGGAUGCAUUUGUGAAUGUUGGUGGUGUAUUCUCUGGUCACUACCUCGCUGAUGGCAGGAUAGUCCUGCAUCUUCUCACCCUCUUCUUUGUGGGAGACAUUCUGCCAGGCCCAAGUUGGAAAGCCAUCUGUUGUUAUUUGGUACUUUUAAAACAAGAUUUCUGAGUUAAAAAUUCUUCAAUUCUUCAUUUGUAUUUGAAAGAUAUACUGUUCUAAUAUAUUGGCCAUUUUCAAAAUUGCAAUUUGAAGAUCUGUCAAAGUGAGCUCAUCAUUUCAGCUUCUGGCAAGAAUUUCAGACUCAGCGCUUGGACAGUGACUUCAAAUUUAACAUUCAAUGUUGAUAAAAACAGUCUACACUCCCCUGCCAAAAUGAAAAGGCGGAAUCAAAGCUCUGUGGCUGAAUUCAUCCUCUUGGGCUUUUCUAACUUUCCUGAGCUCCAAGAGCAGCUCUUUGGGGUUUUCUUGGUUGUUUACCUGGUGACUCUGAUGGGAAAUGCCAUCAUCGUAGUCAUCAUCUCCCUGGAACAGAGCCUCCACGUUCCCAUGUACCUGUUCCUCCUGAACUUGUCUGUGGUGGAUGUGAGUUUCAGUGCAGUCAUUAUGCCUCAAAUGCUGGUGGUUCUCUCCACUGAGAAAACGUCAAUUUCAUUUGCGAGUUGUUUUGCACAGAUGUAUUUCCUUCUUCUUUUUGGUGGGACCGAAUGCUUUCUCCUGGGGGCAAUGGCUUAUGAUAGAUUUGCUGCAAUCUGCCAUCCUCUGAGCUACCCAAUGCUUAUGAACAAAAGGGUUUUCAUGAAAUUAGUAAUGUUCUCAUGGGUCUCAGGGGUCAUCGUGGCUACUGUGCAGACUACGUGGGUUUUUAGUUUUCCCUUUUGUGGCCCUAAUAAACUCAAUCAUCUCUUCUGUGAGACACCCCCAGUGCUGGAGCUUGCAUGUGCAGACACCUUUUUGUUUGAAAUCUAUGCAUUCACUGGCACCAUUUUGAUCGUCAUGGUUCCUUUCUUGUUGAUACUCUUAUCUUACAUUCGAAUCCUCUUUGCCAUCCUGAAGAUGCCAUCAACCACUGGGAGACAAAAGGCCUUUUCCACCUGUGCCUCCCAUCUCACAUCUGUCACCCUCUUCUAUGGCACAGCCAGUAUGACUUACUUACAACCCAAAUCUGGCUACUCCCCAGAAACCAAGAAACUGAUGUCAUUGGCUUACACAUUGCUUACACCUCUGCUGAAUCCACUAAUCUACACCUUGCGAAACAGUGAGAUGAAAAGAGCUUUGAUGAAAUUCUGGCGAAGAAAAGUAGAUUUGCACACAUUCUGACUGUGCUGGGAAGCCACGCAAUACUUGGUGAUUGCUUGACUAAAAUCUAUUUUAAUUCAA